CAGGUAUUUUUACUGCCCCCAUAGAUGGACAUUACUUCUUCAGUGCUAUCCUGACGGGCCAUAAGAAUGAGAAGAUAGAGGCGGUUCUGUCUAAGUCGAACUACGGCAUGGCCCGGGUGGACUCUGGAGGCUACCAGCCAGAAGGCCUGGAGAACAACCCUGUGGCCGAGGCUAAAACCACUCCAGGAUCUCUGGCUGUCUUCAACAUCAUCCUGCCUCUGCAGACUCGGGACACGGUCUGCAUCGACCUGGUGAUGGGAAAACUGGCCCACUCUGUGGAGCCACUCACAAUCUUCAAUGGCAUUUUACUGUAUGAAGACAUGUGACAAGUUCAUGCUGACGAAUGAAGACUGAUUCAUGACAAACCUGCAGGAGGCUGCACCAUAAAGUAUGAUGUCUCCUCUCUCAGGAGUGAUCCUAAACUGAUGACAGAAACUUGUAAAUUAUUGGUUCUAUGUUAUUAUGACUCUUUAUGUCACAUGUGGACGACAGCAGGGGUUGAUUUAAUACAGUGAGCUGAUCUGACGUCAGAGCUGAUGUAAACAAGGAUCCCCCGGUGCCUGGCAAACCUACUCCCUACUUGAAACUUUUAUAGAACUGUUUGGAAGCACAGGAAUUCUUGUGGUGGAUAUUGACAGUGUAACAAUCUGAGUGCUGUUGGCCUCACCUACAGGCUGCAGAGUUCAUUACAGAAUCUGAACAGUUUGCAGGGGGUGCUACAAGAUAGACCAUCUCACUGGUAGAUUUUGAAGUAUGGCAUUGUGGACCAACGUGUUGGACAGACAGAUGGAUGCUCAGCACUAUCCUUAAGCCCUGCCCCUACCAGGUCAGAUGUUGAUGGCAACACAUGACAGUGUGACUUUAAAUUUAAUGAAAAACAAAUAAGUGUUUUGCUCUGAAGCUUUAUAAAAAGCAAAAUGUCUUUUGUGUUUGAUAUGAUGAGAUGAGUUCACUUUGUGAAUGUUUCAUAUUAAGCUGCACCUUUUCUGUUUUAUGUGCUUCAAAGUAUUUAUGUCAUUAUCACAUAAUUUCACUUUGAUGGACAAACACCAAAAGCCAAGGCUGUAAAUACUCUACACUUUCUUGCUUUCAAAAAUCAAAUUAAAGAAAUACUCAGAUUGUUUAAUUAA